CAUUGUUUUUGCUGACUUCAUUGCACACAGUUAAAUGCCAGUAAUGCCCUUUUUUCUUUUUAGCUCUGCUUCUAAUGACUGCACUGCAUGAACCCGGAGCACACAUGCUCCUGCAGCCCGCUCUGCAUCUAAUGCUUAAUAUUUCUCAGUCUUGUGAUUAACGCACUCAGAGCCAGUGGGGGCUGCUGUUGCAUUUCGCCCCUCAGGUGUGAAAUCAUCACUCUUUGGUCACCUGAACGGGACGCAGCAUUGUAUGUUGUUCUCCCUCGCUCUCGUUCUCUCUCUCUCGUGUUAGUAUCGGGGUGUUUCCUCGCAUAUCUGUGCGCGCACAAACACACAGGCAAGCAGUCAGGCUGGCUGGCAGACGGACUGACAGACAGACGAAACGUCUCUCUCCUCCUGCUCCCCUAGCUCGUCCGCGCCGUCGACCCCUGCGCUCAAACACCACCCGGCGAGGAGCCCCUCUUCAUGCGUCUACUGAAGCCGAGCUUGCAUGUGUUUUUGUGCGACCUGCUGCAGCGAGUAUGUGCCAAGACUGCUCAGGAGUCGACUCACCUCAAGGUUAACAGCCACUCCCCCCCCCCACCCCUCAAGAUGCACCUGUGAACUGAGGCGGAAAGAUGCCGCGCACCAAGCAGAACAACCCCAAGAAUUUAAAAGAUAAAAUCGAGGAGGCACAGAAAGAGCUUAAAGACCCCAAAGGCUCACAGAAAGGGCUAUCUGACAGCAGUCGAAGAAAUGCGGACAGCAUAAAGGGUCUUAAGAGGAAGAAGGUUGUUGCAGAGAAUCAGCUAAAGAAAAUUCCAAAAUCUCCAGUGAAGAAGCCCCUGCAGUCAAAAACAUCUGCUGAAUCUGCUCUCCGAGGAUCUUCAUCCAAGGAAACUCCACAUUCUUGCUCCUCCUCCUCCAACAGUCCUUCCCACAAUCUUUCAACAUCGCCCAGUGGAGAAAGUGACCAAAAGUAUGCUCAACCAGUUGCAGCGUCCCCUGACAAGGGGUCAUUUUCUGCUGAGGCUGAAAGGCUGAAGCAGGAAAAAUCAUCUUCUAGGCCACCAUCGCUUGAGCUCACAGCUGGUGAGGAGGACACUCUGAUUACUGCUAAAGGAACUCUAAAGCCUAAAGAAAGCAAAAGCCAAGACUCCAGCUUUGACGGAGAUCCUUACGCCAACAGCGCUCCACUUGAUGUUCUACUUAAGGCCAUGGAGCCUGAUUUUAGCACACUGGCUGAGAGGAAAGCCUCGAUGCAGGUCACAGCCAUCGGUAAAGCCAGUGGUGAAAUCACAGCAAUGCCAGGUGUCAAUGUUGGUCUCCAGGCCCAACCUUCCCAUAUGCAGACCUAUUAUAUUGACAAACAGGGCAAUGUCAUUGGCAUUGCAGCGCCAAUACAGGGAAAUCUACAAACAGCUCCACAGGGUACCGCUCCCCUUGCUACACCGCAUUUUAUGCCCGUUGCUUCCAAUCCAGAAAAUCCUAGCUUGCACAUAAACUUUAAUGCAGGACCAUCUACUAUAACUCAUGCUCCUGUUCCCUCUGGCUCAAGUGCUUUGCCACAAAGCCAACCACCAGUUGUGCACACAUGCCAGUCCCUCUCAGCCAGUGUUCCCAGCAGUAUUCAGGUCCCAGUUACACCAGGCAGCAACCAAGUUCAGAUGACCACUGUUAUGACCUUUGGUGCUGAACAGGUUUCCAAGGACCAAAAGCCUAAAAAACCAGGAAAGUACGUUUGUGAAUACUGCAACCGGGCAUGUGCAAAACCCAGUGUGCUGCUCAAACACAUCAGGUCUCACACAGGAGAAAGGCCAUAUCCCUGUGUUACUUGUGGCUUCUCAUUCAAAACCAAGAGCAACUUGUACAAACACAAGAAAUCACAUGCUCAUGCCAUAAAACUGGGUCUCAUUGCACGCUCCGAAUCAGGAGGUGGAUCGCUAUCUCAAGAGUCUGACAAAACCACAGGAACACAUUCAGAGGCAGAGGAGAGUGGAGACAGCGAUGAGGAAGGUAGCACUGCCGACUUAGACCCCGACUCGUCACAGAGCAGCGUGGCUGCUUUGUCUGAAAACAGUUUACUGAGUGCAGGUGGAACACAAGCCAACCAUGGGGAAGUGGACUUAUCCGGUGUUUCUGACUCAGUCAAAUCAUCCCCAGCUCAGAGAGCUCACGAGCCUAAAGUAACAGCUGCACUCCCAAAAGUUGUUGUGUACCCAGUUAAUGUCUCCCCUCUGAGAGCGGAUAGUCCGAGAGUUACAGGAGCAGCACCUGAGCAAGCUGCUGCACAACGACAACGAGACUUCCAGACUGCCAGUCUGAGAUCGAAUAUCACAGUCUUGUCAUCGCUGAAAGGGGUGGAUGGUGCAAAUCCCUUACUAGAAACCGUCAGUGAAGAUGAAGACCAACACUGCAAGUCUCCACUGUUAAGUGGGCACGCUCAGCUUCAGCGGCAACAAGCAACAGACUUUUCUCAGCAGCAACAGCCUAAGUGUCUACUUAGUCCACGUAGUUUGGGAAGCACUGAUUCAGGUUACUUCUCACGUUCUGAAAGUGCUGAUCAGGCCAUGAGUCCACCCAGUCCAUUUGUAAAGAUAACUCCACCAGUAGAUGUUGAUAUUGCCAAGAACACUCUUCCUAAUGUCCCUCCUGUGGUUGCCUCAGUCAUGCAUGUAGCACAUGAGCAGAGACCAAGGGCGAUAGACGGACAAAUGCGUCCACGAUUAGAAGCCAGUGCACGCUCUUUAGAAGAACGAAUUACAAAGUUGAUAUCUGAUAAUGAGAUAGUAGUUGACAACAAGCAGCUGGACAGUGUAAAGCCAAGGAGGACCUCUCUUUCAAGGAGAGGUAGCAUAGACUCCCCGAAGUCAUACAUAUUUAAAGACUCUUUUCAGUUUGAUCUUAAACCAAUGGGAAGAAGGUCAAGUUCCAGCUCAGACAUCCCCAAAUCUCCAUUCACUCCCACAGAUAAAUCAAAGCCAGUAUUUCUUCUUUCUGUACCCCCCCAAUACCCACCGAUGGAUUGUUUGCCAAUAACAAGGAGCAACUCUAUGCCUACUACACCAGGACACACUGCUCUUCCCCUUAAUGUUGCUGCUGUCCCCCAUCCUUUGCGCAGCAGCCAGUCAUGUGAUGACAAAAUUAGUGCACUAAAUGACGAUGUAUUUUCAUCAGCUCCAUCAACCCCAAAUCCUGCAAUGCAUUCUCGUACCUUGGUCAGACAAAUAGCAGUAGAGGACUUUUCCCACAAUGAGAGACAUGGUCUCCCCUCUGUUCGCUCCAUGGAUGAGGGCUAUAUCGGACAAAGCAAUUCUGCAGAGCACAUGCAAAGAAGCAGGUCUUUUGAACACAGUCAGGAAAGAAACAGAAAACCUCAGCAGACUAAAGGCACGAUGUAUGAGUGUGAAACGUGUCGUAACCGGUACAGAAAGUUAGAGAACUUUGAAACUCACAAGAAAUUCUACUGCUCUGAACUUCAUGGUCCAAAAAACAAACCAAUGGCUGCCAAAGAAACUGACCAAGAUGUUUUUCAUGUUAAUUUACAGCAGCCCAUAGCAGGAGCAACCACAACUGGGCCAGGGGUACUUGAUCAACAGACAUCAUUCAGGAAGAGGAGGAAAAUGAAAAGUGUUGGUGAUGAGGAUGAUCAGUCUCCAACUGAUACUAGUGCACCUUGCUCUGUUAGUUUUGAGCUACCAGCAGUUCUGGCAAACAGGAAUUUUCCUCACCAUGCUGUAAUAGUAGAUAUACAACCCAAAAUCAACCAGCCAAAGCUACCUCAGAUACAGCUUGUAGCAAGAGGCAUUAAUUCUCCAGAUUCCAGACUUUCGCCAAUACGAGAGACCCAGAUCAGUACCCCUGCUAAAGGAGACUUGCAAAGGCAAGGCAGCGGCACUUCAGUCAUCAGACACACCAACUCUCUCAGCAGACCCAAUUCCUUUGAGACAGAGUCUAUUGACAGGAUCUCUCCUGUUGAUAGCAUGGAGAAGGAUCCCCUGAACAAACCCAAAUCAGAUGCGGCAUCUGGUGUCUUAACUGAUGGUUACCAUGAAACCAUAUCAAAACCUAAGAGCACGGAUUAUGGAAAACAAAGAAAGGAGCAGUGCACUGAUAGGACAGUGGCACCAGUUGGUGAACACUCUACUCCUAUCCAUCAGUCCCGCCUUGUUCGUCAAAAUAACAUUCAAGUUCCUGAGAUUUUAGUCACAGUGGAACCGGACAGAGAACAUGAAACACAGACUGCUGAACCAGCAGAUAAACCUGCAGAUCAGUUCAGCUGGCCUCAGAGAAGUGAGAGUUUGUCAAAGCUCCCAGCAGAGAAACUUCCCCCUAAGAAGAAGAGAAUUCGUCUGGCUCAAAUGGAUCAUUCAUCGGGCGAAUCCAGUUUUGAAUCGAGCCUCUCACGAAGCCUCAGCAGGGACAGCAGUCUUUCUCGCGGCUCCAGCAUCUCAGCCUCUUUUGACAGAGAUGAGCCAUCUAGAUCGGAGAGUCCUUCUCGAGGAGAGUGCGUUGGUAAAAUGCCCGAGACUCAGUGUUUGCCAACAGCUUUCAACACCCUUGGUGUGCCUGGAAUGAUGAGGCGUGCCGCAUCUGAACAGAUCACUUGUACUCAACCCUCUGUGGAGAUUUCAUGUGACUACCGCAGCAAAUCCUUUGACUCUGGCAAUGUAUCUCCAAGUAGAUCUCUGUCACCUGCUGGACAGCCAAAAAGUGGACAACUCUCCCAACUUUCCCAGGUGCCACUAAUUGAAAGGAGACGGGGGCCAUUAGUUCGGCAGAUGUCUUUAAAAAUUGGACCUGAAAGUCAGCAACCUGUUAGGAAAGCUGCCGCACCUUUAGAUAAACCUCUCAUUGGAAAUGUUAGCUCUUUCACUCAGAACAGACCCCAGCAGAUUCACAUUACUAGCAGGCGCGCAGUGCCUCAGCCCUUUGUCCUGCACACAGAAGAACCACCACUGCAAAAGAAUGAGCAAAUGGUGCAGAGCAUUAAUUUGGGUAGCCCAACUCAGCAGCCUCAAGUCCAUGGCCUUCCACAUCCUUGGCACCAAACAUCAAGGGUUCAAAUUUGCCAAAAGAUACAACAACCACUAAACCAGAUCUUGGUUUGUCGAGAGAACAUCCAAAACAAACCAGCUGACACAGAAGAAAAAAAACAUUUUGUGCCCAAAUACCAACUACAGUGUCCAGCUCUGAGAACAGGCCAAACCUUUUCCUUCUCUGGCACACAGGGAGCUCAGAUAGCCCUGCCAGUUUUAACAAUACCAAUUGCCAAUCCGAUUUUGAGCAUUUCAAAAUCAUCUGAUGUAAUCCAAAAUUUGUAUGUAGCUCAACCCAGUCAACAGGCUGCAGACAGUAAAACACAGACGGUUGUUUUGUCGGGUGAACAGCGAAGAGAAUCAUUUGAUCAAACCCAAGGAAGUGCUGUACCACUACCACAGAUCUUGAUAACUCACGAGCAGAUCCACCCUGCUCACUCUGUGCCCAAUAAAAAUAGUCUGUCGUCGACUCCCAGUGUGGAAAGUGAUUUUCGUGUUGUAACAACUGCAAAGAAAGAUAGGACUCAAGCUCAGACAGGAGGCCCUCAUAACCGCACUGUAGAACAAACUCCUCUUGGGUCUUUACAUUGCACGCAGAAACUGGCAUCAGUAACACUAUGCCCGCAGCAGGAACCCACUGCAUCAAGCAAACGAAUGUUGUCACCUGCAAACAGCUUGGACAUCUACAUGGAAAAGCACCAAAAACGAGCUAAAGAUGAGCAUGGUGUGGCCUGCCUCACCGAUGGACGAUCAGUCAAUUAUCUUAAUUCCAAGAUGUCAGAGGUGACCCGACAACGGAAGCUGACACUCGUUAGGCAGGUGUGCACAACUGAACCAGUGGACAGUCCCAUUGAGACGGAGGCCCCACCUCUGCCCCAGGUUAAGUCAGAUGGGGAGAAGGACUCAGAGGCUACUGAUGAUGUUAAACCUAUGUCACCUGAUGGUGCUGGGAUAGAAAAAGAUACAAUAACUGUUAUUCAUGAAGAGACAGGCCCUAUCCUGAAUACUACACUUGGUAGCCAGGGAACCUCCAUGCCAGCCAACAACAAUCUGAAGCCUCAAGAAAAAGCUGAGGAACAGAGGUGGACUCCAGCCAAAUCCCCAAUUAGGCCCUCCAGUUUCCACGGUGGUCAAGUGAAAUUGACCACAUCUGUGUCUGUGGUUAACACAAAAGACAGCCACCGCCUGUCUUUCCCCAGCCUGAAGACCACCACCACUUUCACAUGGUGUUUUUUGAUGAAAAGGAAACCUCUCCAUGUUCAACAGACCGACCUGAAGACUUCAGCAUACGCUACCUGGACAGCCAAACCCAACAACCCUAACCCACUGGGGUUGCCUACCAAGGUGGUCAUGUCUUUGUUUGACUCCAAGCAGAGCUCCAAGAAAAUACACUACACAUCAGCCAUAAAAACAAGUGGGAAAUCGGACAUCUUGUCUUACUCAGGCAAGCUGAAGGAUGUCAUGCCCAGGUUGCCAGUAACCCAAAAGUCUGUAUCAGUUGAAACCAAAAGUAAAGUGCAGCCAGAGACUCAAGCCAGCAACGAUUCAGACAAGGACUUGGUCACUACAACAGAACCGAGGCGAAUCAAAAUAUUUGAUGGCGGGUACAAAUCUAACGAGGAGUAUGUUUAUGUACGUGGCCGUGGGCGAGGUAAAUACAUCUGUGAGGAAUGUGGGAUUCGCUGCAAGAAGCCGAGCAUGCUGCGCAAACACAUCCGUACUCACUCUGAUGUCCGGCCGUACCAUUGUGUCCACUGCAAUUUCUCCUUUAAGACGAAAGGCAAUCUGACCAAGCACAUGAAAUCCAAGGCCCACAGUAAGAAGUGCAUGGAGAUGGGGGUGCCUGACGGUCUAAUUGACGAUCAGGAUGCUGAGGACUCUGGAGACCGCAGUCAGGUGAGCAGUGCUGACCGCCAAGAUUCAGAUGGAGAUGACUCCGAUGGUCCUGAUGAUGAGGAGAAUGAUGACAACGAGGAGGAAGAGGAGGACAGCCAGGCAGAGUCGGGACUCUCUACCAAUCCUUCUGUGUCUGCAAGCCCGCAGCACAUCUCUUCCAAAGAGGCUGACGUCCCUCCUAGCGCACUCCUAGCCCAGAUGUCGAUCAGCUCCAUCUCCCUCCCUCUGUCCCAGCCUCCAGUUCCCGAAUCCCACACAACAUACUCCGAAUCUGUCCCCAUGAUGAGCCCCGUGUUCCUGAGCAAGCAUUCGGGGUCCUGCUGCAGUCAAAUGGCUUUCCUUCACUCUCCUCCACCUGUUGCCACCACAUCAGAGUCCUACACCUCAGACACAGAGUCGGUGCACAUGAUGAGCCCAGUGUCACCCUGCAGGCAGAUGUCCAUCGACUACCCAGACUUUGAUGUGCCCCCUAGUCCCCCAGUGCAAGGCAAGGGCUCCAAAAUAGGCCAGGACACCUCUGUGUCUCCUGCUGUGGCAACCAGUGAGUCAAGUAUACCAGUGGACCGGGGCACACAGACUUCCUCCUUUGGUUCUCAAGUUCCUUCACACUUCCCCCUACAGGGUGUAUCACAAACACCGGGAGCAGAGACCCAGACUCACCUGUUCAGUCACCUGCCCCUGCACUCUCAGCAGCCGUCUCGCUCCUCUUACAGUAUGGUUCCAGUUGGGGGGAUCCAGCUGGUCCCUGCUGGCCUGGCGGCUUAUUCUACCUUUGUGCCAAUCCAGGCAGGCCCCGUCCAGCUCACCAUCCCAGCUUUGAGCGUCAUUCAUCGAAACACGAGCCCGUUGCCAGCUCCCAACACUCCACCCCAAACGGAGAGCUUGCCAACUCAGCCACUUGUGGUCCAGGAACCAAUCAGCAGUGUUGUACCCUGCUUCCCUCUAGGGCAGGUUACUGGCCUGCAGGCUCAAACGAUCCAGCCAGUGGGUCUGGAAACACUUAACCUCAUGGGACUGACCAAUACAGGCCUGGCAUCCACACAGCUGCUGCCCCAGCAAGGCCUCACCCUCAAUGCUGCCCUCGGAGUGCAGGUUUUAACUGCCAACCCCACCUCCCAAAGCGGCACUGGGCCGCAGACACACGUCCCAGGCCUGCAAAUAGUAAAUAUUGCCCUGCCUGCCAUCAUUCCUUCGCUCAGCCCUCUGUCCACCCUCAGUCCCCUCCCCGGGUCCUCUGAGAGGCAGGGAAGCCCUGAAGCUCUGGGAACACAGCCACCUCAUGGUGAACACAGGCUUGGUUCACCACCCACCCCUUUUAAGGUCAGCUCCUCUCCAGAACUGACCUCAGGCAGCAGGGCUAGCCCCAGAGGUAACAGUGGAGCAGAGCUCACACAGACUGUGGCGAGGGAUGAACGAGAAAAAUCCCUCCAGCAGAAUCCAUCACCAGCUCCUGAGAGUCAAGCAAGAAGCCCCAAACAGCCUGCAGCUGAAGGAGCUGGUGAUCCUGCACCUCUACGACCGCCACCAGUGACCAGCUGGCAGAAGGUAGUUGAAGACUAUAACGAGGCCUCCAGUGACGAUGAAGACCGACUGGUCAUUGCCACCUGAAACCCUCAAGUGGAAACACUUCUUCUCCUUUUGUAAUUCUUGUCACUUUGUAAGACUGAAAACACUUUUCAGGGGUUUGUUUCUCAGCAAAUCACCUUUCAAAGCACAGAUGCUGACAUUCAUAUUGUACGUGCAAUCAUAUGACAGUUAUGAUGAUGAUGAUGAUGAUGAUGAUGACCAAUCAUUUAAUUUUUUCUUUUC